AUUUAUUGUGAACGCACGCCAUCGAGCGCAUUUUCGAUAUUUGGAUGCGUUUGUUUUUAAAAGGGUGAUUAAAUAUAGAUCAGAUUGUUUUAACGGAAUGUCAUUACUGUCAGAUUUGGCGUAAAAUAUAUUAUUGUUGUACGCCGUAAAGCUUUGUUACUGGUGCGUUUCAUGUUGCAUUUGCUAUUUUGUUUCAUAAGUUGCUUUGGUAUUGUAGAGCGAAACGCAUUGAUAUUUGGAAACAAUCAACAUUAAACCGGAUACGUCUGUGUGGCCUUUAAUGUCAUGGCUUUAACAGUGGACUUCCGGACUAAAGUUGAUCAGUCAUGCAGAUACUCCGAAGAAUUCGUCAAUAUUUAUUAUGACUGUAUGGAUAAAAAACGAAGGCAUUUGACGAGGCUGUAUCUGGACAAAGCAACACUGGUGUGGAAUGGCAAUGCUCUCACAGGACAAGAUGCUCUGGGUGAAUUCUUUGAAUCCCUCCCCUCCAGUGAAUUUCAGGUCCACACUCUUGACUGCCAGCCUGUUCAUGAGCAUGCAACUCAAGGCCAAACCACAUUGUUGGUGGUCACAGCUGGCUCAGUGAAGUUUGAUGGAAACAAACAGAGGUUUUUCAACCAGAAUUUCUUAUUAACUGCCCAAGCCUCCCCUACCAGUGACCAGCCUGUAUGGAAAAUUGCGAGUGACUGUUUCCGCUUUCAGGACUGGGCAAACUGACUUUUUUUGUAUAGCUUUAUCUUUUGUAAACAAGAA